AAGGAUGUAUAUAGUACAACAGAAAGGACAAGAAAAAGAUAAAAGAAAAUAUGAGAGAAGGAUGGAAGAACCUCAUUCGAGAUUUUCGAUAAAUCGAAAAUACAUAAGAGACAUGUCUAACGUUGAAUUUUACGAUUCGAUAUAUCGUUUAUUAUAAUGUUACAAAAUACAGUAAUUAUAUCGUAAAGGGAUAGUCGGAUUGAAAUUCAACGAAUAUAUCUUUGUAUUCGAGUCAAAUUAUAUUCGAUAUUGAUUUCUAAGAUAUCGCAUUGAUUUAAGACGAAAGAAAACAUUUUCUAUCGAAGAACAUUCAAUCUAAAUAUUCGAACGAAGAGAAUGAGAGAAUAAUUUUGUCGACCAUUAGACACUGUAAUUUCUUUAACGUGCGGUAGGUCAAGUAUUUUACAUUUUUCGAAAUAAAAUAUAUACGAAGAAUAUGAUAUUCCAUGGGAAAUAUAUGGAGAAUAAUGUAGCUUCAAGAUAAUUCAAAUUGCAACGUUAUCCUUCAAUUUAAUCGAAAUUUUAAAUUCCAAAUAACAAUGGACAACCUAAUGAGGGAAUUGGAAGGUUUAAAAAUUUCUGGAAAUAUAAUGGACGAAAGUCUAUGGUCGGGAUGCAUAGAUCUCAUAGAAAAAAGCUUUGUUCCACAGAAAUUAUGUGGUAAUGAGAGGCCAUGCGAUGAAAAAGACUUCAGAGAAUAUAGAAUUAUUGUGGAUAGAAAUUUAAGAAAUAUUAAGUCUAUGUUACAACAUAUUAUACAAACUCGUAAUGAAGCAAAUGUACGAAUAGAUUAUGAUAAUGUAUUAGUGAAAAACUUUGCAUUGAAUUUAAUAUAUCUAAUUGGAGAAAUGCAUGAGAAAAAUAUUUGGAAUACUGCAGAAUCUGUUUCAAUUUCCAAAGAAUUAAUCGAUUCCUUCUAUCAGUUAUAUUAUUAUUUAGAUAUUUCACAAUUUUUAAUGGAAAAUAAUAAUCUUAGUGUGAUAUUAGAAAAAUUUAGAUAUAAAUUACAACGAGACAAUUGGAAAACUUAUCCGUCAGCUGUUACGUGGUAUAAAUGGAUUUUGUUACAAUUAAAGAAAUCAAAUUUAUAUGAUCAUAUUCGUGAAGUACUUCCAACAGCCCUAAUAAUUAUCGAUGAUUAUGUACCAGAAAAUGUAGUAAUUGGAUUAGAAUGCUUAUAUCAAAUUAUGCAGCACUCUCGUAUGAAAAAGGGAUUAAUAGAUACUGGUUAUGCAGAUGUAAUUUAUCAUGCAUUAGAACGUUUGACUCAUCAGAGAAAUGCCAGAUAUGUUGUGCCAUUAUAUUCGUGUUUAACAAAUCUUUUAGAUACAUUGGACGUCUGGGGUAAUAAUUUAAAUGUAUUUGAGUGGACUAAACGAGAUGAAGUACUUGCAACAUUAUUAGAUAAUAUGGAGCUUGAACAAAAUGUAGAAUUACGGCAUGUUUAUAUGUUAAGUUUACCACAACUUCUUAACAACAUUGGUUGUGCCAAAUGGUGUGAAAGAAUAACAAGAAUACUAUCUGAAUAUUGUGAGCAUCAUACAGAUCUUAGAACUUUAAAAGCUACGCUAGAGACUGCCAAAACUUAUCUUGUGAUAUUUAACCUACGGGUAGCAGCACACUGUAUACCACUUUAUACAGCAUUUUUGAAGCUACAUUUUGACUUGACGGAAACGCCAACAUUUGAUAUGGGAAUAAUGCAGAAUUUAGAAGAUUGUAUUUGUUUGCUUUAUGAAUUAACACCAAGUAUAGGCUGUGCUAUUAUAAGAGACGAUCGUAUGCAUUUAAUGAUAAAAAGCAAGUUUCAAGUACAAUGUCUGGGUGAUAUUAAAUAUUUAGAGUGAAUGUGCUAAGUCAUUUUAUAUUUAAAUAUAAUUUCAAUGGAUAGUAAGCGGUAAACUAUAAUCUCAUACAAAUUUGUAAAAUUUAUCGCAUUAACAAUAUAGUAGUACUUAGAUUUUUUUUCUUUUUUUUUUCUUUUUUUUUUUUUUUUUUUUUUUGUGAUA